UAAGCCUCUCUGUGUUCCUUCGCUUCCACGUGAAUUUUUUUUCGCAAGAUACACGAUACACCUAACCGAAUCCGGCGGGCAGCUACGUUUUCGAGACCGAUGCAUCGUCUGGCUGUGUGACAAACCGGUGCUGUGAAUGGGUCUUCUUUCCAGGGAUGACGGGGAAGGAUGGGAAGGCGGAGGCUAGAGGUGUGGAUGGCGUUGUUAAAACAGGGUUUAUGACAAAGCGCUCUCAAAACAAGAAGCGAUUUACGCCGAUCAAUUACAAGCAGCGAUGGUUCGUCCUCACCAGGCAAUACCUUAUAUACUACGACAGCGACGGCGAGCGACGCAAGGAGCGGGGCCGGAUCGCGGUCGAGAGUGUCCACGUGGUCGAGACGGCCCAACUCGGAGGUGGAGUUGCCGACGCUGCCGCCGGCGAAGCGGGGAACGCGGGUGGCGGGGGUGGUGGGGGUGGCGGGGGUGGCGUACCUCCGGGGCUGCCCUUCCAGGUCGGGUACAGAGAAGCUGGGCAGGAGUACACCCUCUACCUCCUCGCCGCCCGAGACCAGGACCGAGCCGAUUGGAUACAAACCAUACGAGCGGUUUGCGCCGAAAAUCCCGGGCUAAGUGGGCGUUAUCACUCGGGACUUUGGAGUGGAAAACGUUGGUCCUGCUGCCGUCUGUCAACCAGAUCAGCCGAGGGCUGCGAUCCCUGCAGCUUGUGGAGUUCGCGACCGUCACCCGCAGUUGGCGGACCCCCAGGAGUUGUUGGCCCGGCGUCGGAACGUCAGAUUCCCAACCCCCCGGCACCCACCGAGGCGAACAACAACCCCGUCGCCGUUAGCCAGAAUCGCUACAUCUCCGGGACCACAUCGACGCCAAUAAUGCCGAAUGGUGCACCAGGGACGCCAUCGUCGAAAGCAAAGGAGAAACUUAUGAUGCGAACGAAGGUUGUCGUCGCGUUGUACCCUUUCCGAGCCAUCGAAGGAGGCGACCUGUCCCUCGAGAAGGGGGCGGAAUACGAAGUGUUGGAUGAUUCUCAGGAGCACUGGUGGAAAGUCAAAGACGAGCAUGGAUUAGUCGGCUAUAUACCCAGCAACUACGUGAAGGAAAAAGAACUUCUGGGUCUUCAAAAAUACGAAUGGUACGUUGGUGACAUGUCUCGACAACGCGCCGAAUCUCUGCUGAAACAAGAAGACAAGGAAGGGUGUUUCGUCGUGCGCAAUUCCUCUACGAGGGGUCUCUACACGUUAUCUUUAUACACAAAAGUCGGGCACGCCCACGUCAAGCAUUAUCACAUCAAGCAGAAUCCUCGAGGAGACUUUUACCUCUCCGAGAAACAUUGCUGCAACUCAAUUCCCGACCUCGUCAAUUACCACAGACACAAUAGCGGCGGACUUGCCAGUAGACUGAAAACAAGUCCCUGUGAUCGUCCCGUUCCACCUACAGCUGGUCUCAGCCACGAUAAAUGGGAAAUAGAUCACACGGAACUGCAUUUAUUCGAUGAAUUGGGCCAGGGACAGUUCGGCGUUGUCAGAAGAGGUAAAUGGCGCGGUUCUAUCGACGUAGCUGUAAAAAUGAUGAAGGAGGGUACCAUGUCCGAGGACGAUUUUAUAGAGGAAGCUAAAGUCAUGACUAAACUACAACAUCAGAACUUGGUACAGUUAUACGGUGUCUGCAGUAAACAUCGACCGAUAUACAUAGUGACCGAGUACAUGCGGCAUGGAUCACUUCUCAACUACCUCCGUGGACAUGAAACGACCUUGGGUUCCAACGUUGGCUUGUUACUAGACAUGUGCAUACAGGUCUGCAAAGGGAUGGCAUAUCUAGAAAGGCAUAAUUACAUCCAUAGGGAUCUCGCCGCUCGUAAUUGUCUUGUGGGAUCUGAACAUGUUGUCAAAGUUGCUGACUUUGGCUUAGCUAGGUAUGUGCUGGAUGAUCAAUACACCAGCAGCGGCGGUACAAAAUUCCCGAUAAAGUGGGCACCGCCUGAAGUCUUGAAUUACACCCGCUUCAGCUCAAAGUCUGAUGUAUGGGCGUACGGAGUACUAAUGUGGGAAGUUUUUACUUGCGGCAAAAUGCCCUAUGGUCGUCUAAAGAAUACCGAAGUUGUUGAACGUGUUCAACGCGGGAUGGUCCUAGAAAAGCCCAAAGCCUGCUUCAAGGAAGUUUAUGAUGUGAUGAGGAGCUGCUGGUCCCAAUGUCCGGAAACGCGACCUUCGUUCCGCGUUUUGAAGGAACAGCUGAUCAACGUCUCUCAGCGCUUGCUCAAUGAUUGACUCAACCUUUUGCGGUGUAUGCGCCUGUCCUCGCCAUCGAACCAGUCUAUCCUGGCCCCUAAAUCUCCAUCGUUAGGUCGGUCCCCAUCCAUAUUGCCUUCGUCGAAUACUUCAUACAAUUCCGCAACGCUGCCCGCCUCACACAAGAUACGGGGACCAGCAUCGUUACCUUCUUCAGCUGGUUCCGUAGUUCCUCUAUCAUCGUCAUCCCCUAAACUUAAAAGAGGUGGCUCAUCAUCACCAAGCACACCUGGUCACCUGGCUAGUCAGCCAUCAUCUAGCUCAUCCGACGUAUGCGACAUAUGCAGCUCCUACGGUCAUCCGUGGAUCGAAAUAUGCAAAGCUAUACGUGCCACUAAGGGUAAAUGAGUAAUUCUAUUGUCUUAACCUAUUAUCCUAAUGCAUACUCUCCGGGAAAGAAUUAUAACGUUAAUUUUAAGGCGGAGAGAAAUAUUCGAAGAAAAAAAUUUGCCACCAAGAAAAAUUUGAAUUUUCACAUUGAUCAAUAACUUUCUGUUUUCCCUAAAGAAUCUCCUAUUCUAACCUAUUCCAAAGUCGUCCCAUAAAAUUUCUGUACAGGUAACUAACGAAUCAGGACGAACACCGCUGAAUCUUAACUUGAUCUUAUUUCAAUUUUCGAAAUAAUGUAUAAAUUUUAAGAUCGAACAGAUGGAAUUGGUUAUUUUCAAUUCUCAAACAUUCGAGUUCAUUCAAAUAUGCUCUUGGUAUUGUAUAAACAUGCCGUUUUUGUAUAAAAAUAUUAACUCUAACAACAAAAAUUAGAUUGCAAACUCGACGUUGAUAGACGAGUAGCUUUUUAUCGAAAUAAUGUAAGCAUAUACGCCAGUUUGUGGAAACGGGAUAAAUGACUGAUACUUGACCCCGAGAGUAGCAGCUCGAUAAUAAUAACCUAAUAAUUAUUAUUGUUCCUCGUGAUAGGUCGGAGUACAUAUAUUAUUAAUAAUAA